UCUGGCCCAAUCAGCGCUGAGCUCACUCCGGCAGCCCCCUUUAUAAGACCUCCGUCUGCUCUCAGGUUUUUAUUCUUUCGCUGUUCGCACACACACCGAAACUGUAAAAUGGCCAGGACCAAGCAGACCGCCCGUAAAUCCACCGGAGGAAAAGCUCCCAGGAAGCAGCUCGCUACCAAAGCUGCCCGUAAGAGCGCCCCGGCCACCGGCGGAGUGAAGAAGCCUCACCGCUACAGGCCCGGCACCGUGGCCCUCAGAGAGAUCCGUCGCUACCAGAAAUCCACCGAGCUGCUGAUCCGCAAGCUGCCCUUCCAGCGCCUGGUCAGGGAGAUCGCUCAGGACUUCAAGACCGACCUACGCUUCCAGAGCUCCGCCGUCAUGGCUCUGCAGGAGGCCAGCGAGGCUUACCUGGUCGGCCUGUUCGAGGACACCAACCUGUGCGCCAUCCACGCCAAGAGGGUCACCAUCAUGCCCAAAGACAUCCAGCUGGCCCGCCGCAUCCGCGGAGAGAGGGCUUAAACUGA